GGGGUGGCUGAGAAAGAUGGUAGGAGUAGUCGCGGCGAAGGAUUUGCCAGUGGAGCCUUCGGAGGAAGAGUUCAGGCUUGGAUUGAGAAGUCGGAUUAUUCUGUGCAAUGCUCUCAAUAAGGUUCACCCUGGAGCUGUACCCAAGGUGGUGGAGGGUCCAUGUGAUUCUGCUCGAGUUCUUGAUGGAGCGACAUUGUCGGCUUUUCAGUACUUUGAGAAUGUGAAAAAUUUCCUCGUGGCUGUGCAGGAAAUGGGAAUUCCUACUUUCGAGGCAUCUGAUCUGGAACAACCUACUAAUUGUUCAUUGAGUAUGCUUGUUCGUGCAAUUCUGCUAGAUAAGAAGCCUGAAGAAGUUCCGAUGGUGAGGAUUAAUGUACUCACUGCUGUUAAAACUUGUUGAAAUUAGCUAAGAAAAGUUUGCUGAUCAAGCUGGGCUAGUAGGAUCUGUAUCUAUACCAGUGUGCAAGUAUGCGAUAUUAGAAGCCUAGCAUGGAUAGAUUUUAGGCGAUUUUCGCCCAUCAUGCUUAUUCCAUUCGAUUCCAUUACC